AUGGGCAAUUCUGUCACAAACGUCAGGGAAUCAGUGUCCAGCUUCAAACAGCGAGGAUAUGGUUUGGUCCGAGGGCAGCGAGUGAAGUGUGUUCUGUACCUCUGGUCACUGAAAAUGCUCUACCCAAAGACGCUAUUUUUACUGAGAGGAAAUCAUGAAUGUAGACAUUUGACAGAAUAUUUCACCUUCAAACAAGAAUGUAAAAUCAAGUAUUCAGAGCAGGUUUACGAUGCCUGUAUGGGCGCGUUUGACUGUCUGCCCUUGGCAGCUCUCAUGAACCAGCAGUUCCUGUGCGUCCACGGUGGCCUGUCCCCAGAAAUACAGACCUUAGAUGACAUAAAGAAGUUGGACCGGUUUAAGGAGCCCCCAGCAUUCGGGCCUAUGUGUGAUUUGCUUUGGUCCGAUCCCCUGGAGGACUUCGGCAAUGAAAAGAGCCAAGAGUACUUUAGCCACAACACAGUGAGAGGAUGCUCAUACUUCUACAGUUAUCCAGCUGUCUGUGACUUCCUACAGAAUAAUAACUUGUUAUCAAUCAUCCGAGCACACGAAGCACAAGAUGCAGGGUAUCGGAUGUACAGGAAGAGUCAGACUACUGGCUUCCCUUCCCUAAUUACCAUCUUCUCUGCACCAAACUACCUUGAUGUUUACAACAAUAAAGCUGCCGUUCUGAAGUAUGAGAACAAUGUAAUGAACAUCCGGCAGUUUAACUGCUCCCCUCAUCCUUACUGGCUGCCAAAUUUCAUGGAUGUCUUUACCUGGUCACUUCCAUUUGUGGGGGAGAAAGUCACGGAGAUGCUGGUAAAUGUGUUGAGCAUCUGUUCUGACGAUGAGCUGAUGAAUGAUGGAGACGAAAUCUUUGACGCCAAUGCAGCAGCUGCUCGGAAAGAGGUGAUUAGGAACAAGAUCCGUGCCAUUGGGAAGAUGGCCAAGAUGUUCUCCGUGCUCAGAGAGGAGAGUGAGAAUGUGUUGACCCUGAAGGGCCUGACCCCUACCGGCAUGCUGCCCAGCGGGGUGCUUUCUGGAGGCAAGCAGACUCUGCAGAGUGCAACCACCGAAGCCAUUGAAGCCAUCGAGACGGAUGAAGACGGAGAAGGGCACCUGCCUUACUACCUGGUCAGUCAAUGA